CCACCCAGCCAUUGGCGUAAAGAGUUGGGUGUGACUAUCGUAUUCAUGCCUUUGUGGAUCUAUUCAAACCUAAGAAAUUUCUGUAGAAAUUUUCACCAAGUCCAACCGCAUCGUGGCGUCAUCUCGUAGCGUAUGCCAAGAAAACAAUGAAAGGAGGGGACAAUUGGAGGAUUCCUGAUUCGUACCGCAUUAGGUUCCAUCGAUUGCCACGUCUCUGAUGCAAUUCCAUCGGGUGGAGCCAGCUGGAGGAUCUCCUUUUCCGCAGUAGCGUAUUAAUUUAUAAUUUUGUUGAUUUGAUUCGGGCAACUUUGGGCGUGAUUCUCGAUGUCGCAUGUUAAAGAUUCGCCAUUGGAAUGCCUAUUGGCCUUGUUUUGGGAUUCUUCGUAUUCAUAUACUUAGGUGCCAGAAAUGUUGAGAAGGGCGUCCCUGUGGCACAGCCACUCGACGAAUUGAGUACAGACGACAUAAUUGAUCUCCUACCGGAACUCCCAUUAUGGGUGACCGGGCCAGAUUACGAGAGAGUGGAUUGGUUCAACAAGUUUUUCCAAUAUAUGUGGCCAUAUUUCGAUAAGGCAGCAUGUGGGAUUAUCAAAACUUCAGCAGAAGCUACCUUUGCAGAGUACAUCGGCAAAUACUGUAUAAAAUCUAUUUAUUUCAAACGCCUCACACUAGGAGAUUGCUCUCCCAAAAUUCAAGGUUUGAAAGCUCAAGAUUCCAGAGAGAAUGAACUCGUUCUCGAUCUUUCACUGAGAUGGGCCGGAAAUUCUGACAUUGUUGUCGCAAUAAAAUUGUUGUCUCUGCAGCUCACUGUCCAGUUGGUUGAUGUUCAAAUAUCGGCAGCUGUCAGGAUGGUUUUGAGACCUUUUGUGCCAACAUUCCCUUGCUUUUCAAGCAUCGCAAUUUCAUUGAUGGAGAAGCCGAAGCUCGACUUUGGGUUGAAAGUCAUGGGAGGAGAUAUGAUGUCCAUACCCGGCAUUUAUCAGUUUGUCCAGGAAAUUGUAGCAAAACAAGUUGCAAAGCUUUAUAUGUGGCCACAAACCUACGAAAUCGAUAUCCUCGACAGCUCGAUAGGAGCUGCGAAGAAACCCGUCGGAAUACUCCAUGUCAAGGUUGUCCGAGCCCAGAGUCUCUUAAAAAUGGAUUUUCUCGGCACAUCCGAUCCCUACGUCAAACUCAGCCUCACCGGGGAAAAGCUCCAGUGGAAGAAGACGACGGUCGUGAUGAACAACUUGAAUCCCGUAUGGAACGAAGACUUCAAGCUGAUCGUAAAGGAACCCAAAAUCCAAGUCCUCCAGCUGCUCCUAUUUGACUGGGAAAAGGUUGGCGCGCACGAUUAUUUGGGAAUGCAACUCAUUCCGCUGGAUACGCUCGUUCCAUACGAGAAAAAGGAAUUCGCUCUUGCAUUAAUACACAGCAUGGACCCGAACGAUGCCCACAAUAAAAAGUCGCGAGGCCGGAUCACCGUGGAGUUGACGUUUGUUCCAUUUCUAGAAGAUAGCAAGAAAUUCCACGCAUCGCUGAAUUUUCGAGGGGAUGAAAACUCCCCCAGGCUCAACGAGGACAUCACCUUGAGCGGGACGGGUUUGCUUCUCGUCACCGUUAUAGAGGCCGAGGAUGUGGAAGGAAAGCAUCACAAUAAUCCGUAUGCUACGGUCAUCUUUAGAGGCGACAAGCGAAAUACUAAGACUAUAAAGAAAACUCGGGAUCCCAUAUGGAGCGAGGAGUUUCAGUUCGUUUUGGAUGAAGCUCCGGCGAAUGAUCAAAUCCACGUCGAAGUCAAGAGCAAGAAGAGAUGGCUCGGGUUUAUGUCUAAGGAAUCUUUGGGGUAUGUGGAUAUUAAUCUGGCCGAUGUUGUCAGCAAUGGGCAUAUCAAUGAGAAGUAUAAUCUGAUCAACUCAAGAAAUGGAAUUAUACAUUUGAACAUUAGAUGGAAAGUAAUCUGAGUGUUGGUAAUUAAAUGGUCAUGUAAUUUUAUUAUUCUUUCUUUUAUAUAUACAUAGAAUGACAUAAA